AUGGCUGAUGAUGUUGAUACAACCGAGCCUGAGAAUGUUGACAAGAUAAAUGAUCCUACAGAAAGUGCGAAAGCAUCUGGUGAUGCUGAACAGCGGGCGGAUGAUGUUGAACAUACAGCUGUUAAAAUUGAUGAAGUCGUAAAAAAAGUUUCCGGGGACGAAAAACCACAAAUGCAGGAUAGUGAUAUGGACGAAGAGCAAGUGAUCGUGGAUCGUACAGCUCUUGAAGCUAUAUUGGAUGUCAACUCUCGGUUAAGAGACAUCCAGAAGAAAAGCAGAGUUUCAAUGAGUACCCUUGCCUUGGCACACGAGUCUUAUAAAGACAAGCAAGUAAAUAAAUUUGACAAG